UAAGAAUCACCGAAGUUUACAAUACAAUAUCAUUUACUUAUCAGCCCAAAUAUGAAUUACAUGGGUGAUUGCAUUGCUGGACAUAAAUGACUACUAGGUAGCAAGACACCAGAAAGAUGACUCGAUUGUCCCUCGGUUCCAAUCUGCUAGCUAUCGUAUGCUGUGUUGUGUCUGUUCUGUGUCAAGAUUAUAACCAUUUCGUAAAGGACGAGUCAUACGGGAGCAUUCAUGGAUGGGGGCACGAAGUCACCUUAUCAGGAUCCCCCGAGAGAACAAAUGCCAUGGGCUACUGGGUCGAUAACGAGGUGAUCUUACCAAAGGGAUCCCUGAGAAAGUUCAUCAUGCAGGUUCGGGCCGGACUGAAUGAGCCAUACUCAAUGGUACUUCAUCUGAUGAUGCCAGCUGUGGACAAUGGAUUCACCUUCACCGUCAUUUGGUCAAAGAACGUCACAUUACAACCUACAAUGUCAUCGCAGAGGGUUGAGAUUGAAAUCCCAGUAUCAGAACAGAUGCUUAUAGAAAGUGGCACCCGUUUUGGAGCAAGUCUAUCAAAAUCAUACGAUCCUUUAGAAGUCUGGUACAAAGAUUUGUAUUCGACUUACAAAGGGAGGUUCUUCGAUACCAGCGAUCCAUACGAAUUACAACUUGGAGAUUCUGUCACCUUCAACAGACUGCCAAGGUCAUUUUACAGCUCCAUGUGUGUGCAGAUUGAAACAACGAUCGAAGGCCCUGUUGGGCCACAAGGGCCAAUUGGACCCCCUGGUCCACAAGGUGACACUGGUUUAACAGACUUCAAUGAAUGUUCUUCUAAUAAUGGUGGAUGUUCCGAUGGAUGUCGUAAUCUAUUAGGAAGUUACGAAUGCUAUUGCAGUGCUGGAUACACUUUGGACACAGAUGGAAAGAAAUGUAAAAAUAUCGACGAGUGUGCAACAGAUAAUGGCGGUUGUGAUGGUUUGUGUACAGAUUUUGAUGGUGGCUAUAACUGUUCAUGCCCAGAGCCUGGCUAUCGACUCGGACUCAACAAACAUACCUGCAAAGAUAUUGAUGAAUGUCUUUCUGUCCAGUGCUCUGGAACAUGUAUCAACAGCCCGGGAACCUACACCUGUAUACGACUGAGACUUGUUUCUGCUCAAACUGAACCCGAUCCGACUGAACAAUCUGUCAUUUCAUCAACUCCGUCAACUACUAUUCUUGUAUGGAUGUCUGUGUUAACAGUGACGCUUGCAAUAUUAAUUGUACUCAGUUGUCGAGGCUUUAGGAAAGACUACUGCAAAAAGAGGAUCGAUUUUGAAAAUGAAUCAAAUGCGGUACCAGUUUUUCGAAGUUCUGCCAUUGAAAUCGGAAAUGACGUCACUACAACACUUCCGGAUGAAGCUGUCAGAAGAACAAAUCCGACUUAUUCAGCUUUUGGAGAUGAUACAAACGAAGACGAUUUGAAUUCUCAUCCAAAAACAUAUUCUAACACAUUUCAUUCGGAGAACAACAAUAUUGAUACGAUUUACUAAUAGCGAUGAAUUUAUAACUUAUGAAGUUAUAUGUUAACUUUUACCGGGGCUUAAUGUCAACGUAUUUUUGACAUGCACUUCCACCAAAUGAUAAAAGUAACAUAGUAUUAGAACAUAACGUUUUGCAUACGUUCAUGUUAUAAGAAAUUUUGUAAUUGCUUAAAGGUGCAACAAUUUUAUCCAUACAUUUUAAGAUAAUAGGUAUGUCAAAGAAGAUGU